AUGUCACACAUCGAGUGUGAGACGACUGAUGUUGUUAUCUGUGGAUGUGGCCCGACAGGGGCCAUGCUUUCGGCGUACCUAGGUCAAAUGAACAUUCGGAAUGUUGUUCUAGAAAAAGGAACAGAGAUCACAACGGACCCCCGAGGGAUUGCGCUGGAUGAAGAUGGCAUUCGGCUGCUUCAGGGCGUUGGUCUUUACCCAUCGGUAUAUUCAGAGAUCGGAACUUGCAUGCAUAAAUUUAAGUUUAUUGGCGGAACGGAGCAAGUCCUAGAUAAAAGAGCAUUUAUCGAGAUGGAUUAUGGAACGACAGAGGGUGGCACAGGACAUGUCGGAUUUAUUUGCCACAAACAGCCUGCACUAGAGAGGUGUUUACGAGAUGCAAUGGCAUCCUCUGAGUCUUGCGAACUGAGGUCUGGUUGUGAGGUCACUAGCCUCUCCGAAACCGACCAGGGGACGCUGUGUCAGUAUCGAGACUCAGAAGGAGCUACCCAUCAAAUCAAGUCUCAAUUUUUCAUUGGAGCAGACGGCAAGACUGGCUUUACAAGGAAGCACUACCUGGAAUCUCGAGGGAUUCUCAUGGAGCAAGCCCAUCAUCUCGGUCUCUUAUCGCCAACCAGGGCAUUUUAUGAAGAAACUUGGGUUGCAUUAAACUGGCAUAUUGAUCUUCCAAAUGAGAAGACUCAUCCCGAAUUUCCUCUGUGGGCCCUGGGCUAUACGCCUGAACAGGUCUAUGACCUGUUCUUCCCCACCAACUUUCGCUUCAUUUGCAACCCUAACCGCCCAUCUGUAUGUGGUCGCUUUGGGUUACCCUCAGAUAGGCUGUGGAGAUUCGAGUUUGUCGUCCAGCCAGGCGAGGAUGGAAACGAGAUGUCCUCUCCUGAAAUGAUCAAAAGAGUGGUCUUCCCCUAUAUCAUACAUGCAGGAAGUAAAUAUGGAUUGCACCAGGACGUUGUGUUUCCAGAAGACUGCAUAACCGUUCUCCGUUCGCGUCCCUUCAAAUUCUCGGCUCGAAGCUGCAAUAGGUGGGCCGAUGGACGAGUUGUUCUAUGCGGCGAUGCAGCUCACGUGUUUCCACCGUUUGGUGGACAGGGAAUUGCAUCUGGAUUUCGUGAUGCUGUAUCGCUUGCAUGGCGUCUUGCACUACUCUGCAAAUCCCCUUCAACGAAGCCAGGCUUUCAUAUUUCAGUGUUGACAGCCUGGUAUGAGGAGCGCAAACAACAGCUUGAGAAGUCUCUUGCAUCGACGAUCGAAAAUGGAAGAUUUGUGACGGAGGGAAAUCCGUUAAAGAUACGCAUGCGGGACAUCUACCUGUGGCUGAUCCAACUAGUACCAUCUUGGCGCCAUGAGUUGUCUCUUGGGCGGCGUAAAGAAGGGAUGGUCCAAUACGAACACUCACUGGGACUCCCCUUUCUCCCCGACUACAAUGGGGGCUUAUGUCUCCCUCAGCUGUAUUGCAAGCCAGUGGGAAAUCCAGAGGGAGAUGUUCUUUUCACAGAUGAUGUCAUAUUUGCUUCGAAAAAGAAGGGCCUGUUGCAGCUGCUUGUUUACGUCCAAAAGCUGGGGGAUGUAUCCCCGGCCCAGAUCGCGGUGGCAGACAUUUGCGACAUGUCCCAAGGAGAAUUAUAUCCAGAAGAAGCCACUUUUUUGGUGGAGGACUUGACUUGCAUGAGUGAUACACUGAUGCCUAAUGUCUUCCGAAUCGCAAGCGAUGAAGAAUUUUCUCAAUCACGCCUGUGUGAAGGCCGACCGAAGCCCAAGUUCUAUGAUCCCAUGUACAUGAGGCGAGAGCUCAAGGGGAUGAGAUUUGUUCUUGUACGACCGGACAGAUUCAUAUUUGCGGCAUGUAAUACAGAUCAGGAUCUUCGACAUGUGGUUUCAAGUGCUGUGUCUUUCCUUGAGGGUUGA